AUGGCGCGGCUCCCGGCGCCGCUAGAUCGCAGGAGCCCGGCGCCGGGGCGCUGCGCUGAGGCUCCCGCUCGGCGCGGCCCCAGAAGCCUGCAGGUGUCCUUGGCCUCUCGGCCGCCGCCCCGAAGACUCCUUCGCCAGCACCUAGAGCCCCGCUAUCCGGAGCGGCCCCGCCCCCCAGGCUUGGCGCCGCGCAGGACGCCCCGUCUGAGGCCCCCCCGCCCCGGCGCGGCCCCCGCAGCGCGGCGCCCAGCCCAGCGCAGCUCCCAGCCGCGGAUGCAGGACCCGAGGCUCGCUCCUGCGGGCGCGCUUGUUUUCUUGCUGCUGCCUCGCCCUGCGCAGCCCCCACUCGCCGCCUGGGCCCGCCGAGCUCCGGCUGCCCUGAAAACGUCCGCCUGGCCCCGGCAGCCGCUCGAAGGACUUGUUGCUGCUGCGCUACUGCCGCCGCUGCCACGGAGAAACCGGCAGCUCCCGGGCUUCGCGCGGUCUGGGAGCCGGAGGUUGGCCCUUGUGAGUGUGAGCGCACGCGUGCCCCGGACCCUCGCAGUGUGCCGGGACUGA